AUGAUGCUUCCCCCCGCACUGAACAUCCCAAAAUGGCUCGAGGCCAACUCACACCUUCUGCAACCGCCGGUGAAUAACUAUUGCGUCUACCAUCCGUCAUCACCGGCAACAGCCGGAUACACGGUCAUGAUUGUCGGCGGACCCAACGCGCGAACAGACUACCACAUCAACACCACACCCGAGUUCUUUUAUCAAUACCGGGGCUCAAUGCUUCUCAAGACAGUAGACACAUCGACGACACCGCCUACAUUUCAGGACAUUCCUAUUCACGAGGGCUCGAUUUUCCUGCUCCCGGCGAACACGCCACACUGCCCAGUGCGGUUUAAGGAUACAGUUGGUGUGGUGAUGGAACAGCCAAGGGCACAGGGGUCAGAGGAUAUUAUGAGGUGGUAUUGCAGAAAGUGUAGUGGGGUUGUAUGGGAGAAGCACUUCUUGUGUACAGACCUGGGGACGCAGGUUAAGGCUGUUGUGGAGGAGUUCGGUGCUGAUGAGGAAAAAAGGCGAUGCAAGGCGUGUGGGGAGAUUGCGGCAACCAGGUACGCGGAAGGGGAGUUGGUGCAACCUCCUUUAUGCCCUGAGUAA